AUGCCCAGAAGCAAAGCUACCCUAUGUACAAGGCUCGGCUGCCCCGGGCUGCUGGGCUGUUUCUUGCUGGGCUUUCUUGCAGGAUGGCUCACAAAACCGACUGAAAAAAGCCCCAACUCAGAUGUCCAUCACAAUGUGAGAAAGAAGCUUGUGGCUGAAAUGAAAGCAGAAAACAUCAAGCAAUUCCUUUGCUCCUUUACCAAGUUGCCUCACCUCGCAGGAACUGAACAGAAUCUUCUUCUUGCCAAACAAAUUCAAGGCCAGUGGAAGGAAUUUGGCCUGGAUUCAGCAGAACUCGUUCAUUAUGAUGUGCUUCUUUCGUACCCAAAUGAAAAGCAGCCAAACUACAUUUCAGUAAUUGACGAUCAAGGGAAUGAGAUUUUCAAUACAUCGUUGUUUGAACCACCUCCACACGGGUAUGAAAACGUUACUGAUAUACUACCACCAUAUAAUGCCUUUUCAGCACAAGGAGUGCCAGAGGCAGAUCUGGUGUAUGUGAAUUAUGGUCGUACUGAAGAUUUUUUUAAGCUGGAGCGUGAAAUGGGAAUUAACUGUACAGGAAAGAUUGUCAUUGCCAGAUAUGGGAAGAUCUUCAGAGGGAACAAAGUUAAAAAUGCCAUAUUAGCAGGAGCCCAAGGGAUCAUACUUUAUUCAGACCCUGCUGACUACUGUGCCCCAGGAGUCGAUGCUUAUCCAGAUGGCUGGAACCUUCCAGGUGCAGGAGCCCAGCGUGGGAAUGUGUUAAACUUGAAUGGAGCUGGGGACCCUUUAACACCAGGUUAUCCUGCAAAAGAGUACACUUUCAGGUAUGAAGUCAGUGAAGGUGUAGGGAUCCCCAAAAUCCCAGUUCAUCCCAUUGGAUAUCACGAUGCAGAAGUAUUAUUACGUGCAAUGGGAGGACCUGCAGCUCCAGACAGCAGCUGGAAGGGAAGUCUCAAUGUGUCUUAUAAUAUAGGGCCAGGAUUUGCAGGCAACUCUUCUACAAGAAAAGUCAGGAUGCAUGUUCAUACAGACAAUAAAAUAACACGAAUUUACAAUGUCGUUGGUGUCCUCAGAGGAGCUGUGGAGCCAGACAGAUAUAUUAUUUUAGGAGGUCAUAGAGAUGCUUGGGUGUUCGGAGGUAUUGAUCCAACUACAGGUGCAGCUGUUCUGCAAGAGGUUGUACGAAGUUUUGGUAAAAUGAAGAUGGAAGGUUGGAGACCUAAGAGAACCGUUAUUUUUGCUAGCUGGGAUGCAGAAGAAUUUGGAUUAUUGGGAUCCACAGAAUGGGCUGAGGAAAAUGCCAGAGUCCUCCAGGAACGGGCAGUUGCUUACAUCAACUCGGAUUCAUCCAUAGAAGGUAACUACACACUAAGAGUUGACUGCUCCCCUCUUCUCUACAAACUGGUGUAUAAUCUGACCAAAGAGAUUUUAAGCCCUGAUGAGGGUUAUGAAAAUAAGUCACUUUAUGAGAGUUGGCUUAAGAAAGAUCCUGCAAGUGAGAAUAAGAGCUAUCCCAGAAUAAACAAACUGGGAUCAGGCAGUGAUUUCGAAGCUUACUUUCAGCGACUGGGAAUUGCAUCAGGCAGAGUCCGUUAUACCAAGAACAGGAAAGCAGACAGAUACAGCAAUUAUCCUGUUUAUCACACAGUGUAUGAGACCUUCGAGUUGGUGGAAAAGUUUUAUGACCCCACCUUCAAGAAACAGCUAACAAUUGCCCAGCUACGAGGCAAACUGGUCUAUGAACUGGCAGAUUCCCAGGUCAUUCCAUUUGACUGCAGAGAUUAUGGAGAAGCCUUAAAAGAAUAUAGCAGUAGAAUUUAUAAAUUGGCCAAGAAACACGAAGAACAGCUGAAACUUUACAGAGUAUCAUUUGAUCCUCUUUUUUCUGCUGUGGUGAACUUCUCAAAGGCUGCUGAUGAAUUUCACAGGAGACUUGAACAAGCUGACAAGAAAGAUCCAGUGACAGUGCGAAUCAUGAACGAUCAGCUGACGUUUAUAGAAAGAGCUUUCAUUGAUCCUCUUGGAUUACCAGGAAGGAAGUUUUACAGGCAUGUCAUCUUUGCUCCAAGCAGCCAUAACAAGUAUGCAGGAGAAUCAUUCCCAGGAAUCUAUGAUGCCAUGUUUGAUAUUGAAAGCAAAGCGGAUCAGCGUGAGGCCUGGGAAGAAGUAAAGAGGCAGAUUUCCAUUGCAGCCUUCACUGUGCAGGCAGCAGCAGGGACACUGAAAGAGGUAGCAUAG